AGCUUCGCCCAGGGGAAAAAGCAGGGGCGGAGCCAUGUAUUCAUAUACAACUCUAUGGUUUUCAGCUGAGAGCAAUUGGAUUGGUGCAGAAAAAAUGUGUCUCCUCUGGCCAGCCGUAGCUGUCAGAUGAUUGUUGUGCCCUGGUCACAGUUCAUCUUCUGACACAGAGGGAAGUUUUGCAGGGAUCAUGGCUUCUUCCAAGCCUUUGGCCAGGUUCUGGGAAUGGGGCAGAAACAUCAUCUGCGUGGGGAGGAAUUACGCAGAGCAUGCCAAGGAGCUGAAAAAUGCUCUCCCCGCCGAGCCCCUUUUUUUCCUGAAGCCUUCCUCAGCCUAUGUCCGGGAAGGAGACCCCAUUAUCAAGCCUUACUACUGCAACAGUCUGCACCAUGAGGUGGAGCUGGGCGUGGUGAUUGGGAAGAAAGCCCACGCUGUCUCCCAGAAGGCUGCUAUGGACUACGUGGCAGGUUAUGCCCUGUGCUUGGACAUGACAGCCAGGGACACCCAAGCUGAGUGCAAGAAAAAGGGCCUUCCCUGGACCUUAGCCAAAGGCUUCAAUACGUCAUGUCCGGUUAGUGAUUUUGUGCCCAAGGAAAAGAUACCAGACCCACACAAGCUGCAGAUCUGGCUCAAGGUAAAUGGUGAGCUGAGGCAAGAAGGGGAAACCUCUUCUAUGAUUUUCUCUAUCCCCUACAUCAUCAGCUAUAUCAGUGAAAUCAUCACACUGGAAGAAGGGGAUCUGAUUUUGACAGGUAGCCCCAAAGGUGUUUCUGCUGUACAGGAGCACGACGAGAUACAUGCUGGAAUAAACGGCAUCAUCAGUAUGCAGUUUAAGGUGGCACAGCAAUCACGCCAAUCUUGAUGGGGGAAUCUGUCAUUUCUUUUGGGGGAGCGCUCUACAGCUGCCUUUUAAAACAGCCAAAGAAUGAAGAAAUACCUAGAUGUCUGUUCCCCAGUAGCCUAAAAGAAUGUAUCGCCCAAUCCUCUUGGAAACAAUGAAGAAUCAAACGUACUGAGAUAAAUUAGGUUUUGUGAGCCUUCUUAUAAAGGCCCCUGAUAAGGACUACCACUGUUGUGAAAGUCAAGCUUUUCACAUUAUUGAAUGGCACACAGAUCCAGCUAAAAAUAUGUAUAUGGUAGAGAAGCACUCAAGCAAUCUGGUUAAUGUGUUAUAUUUAAAGGAAGCAGCUUUAAAAAGGAGAGCUGGGAGUGUGUGAGAGAAAGGGAAUUGUGAUGAAAUGCCAGUUUAGGAAGUACUCUAAUGAAAUUAGUUUAAAUUAAAUGUUCUGUCAUACUGUUUUUGCCCUAAUCCUAAAACUAAUUUAGUGCUCCAGGCAUACUGUCUUUAAAAUAAACAUCGAUUUUUGCUAAGGCAUGCUGAGGUCCUUUAAAAUAAGUGUCCACAAAUUUAAAAUUGUUUAAGAAAAUCAGCAUUAUUCUCAACACUUUUUUUUUUUACUGCCCAUUAAUUUUUUUGGUGGGGCAAGGUGACAUUAUCGGCACAUGAAAUUUGGUCUUGUUAAAGGAAAAAAUCACUGUGGUAUACUGCACCACAGGUGCAUGUUUGCUUCUUUUAUGUGACUGUCAUUGAAAGCAAAUUGUUUUUGAAAGGAGGUUAAAAAAUUAAAGGAUAGCUGGCAUACACAAUAUACAGUAUAUUUACAGCUGGUCUGGUAAUUAACUUGGAAUUAUAUGUCCUCAAAAUCAUUUACGUGAUUGCCACGAGGUCUCGUUAACUGCAGCACUGCAUAAGCCUUCUGGUGGCUGAUUAACAAGUUUUGAGGAGAAAGCUGGGUGCUCCUAAUUCAGAGGUGAAUGCUGCAUCAGUACAAGUCAUUGGGCAGCCAGAAGGGGAAAGGCAUUUUAUAAAACACAGCCAACUAUAAAAUGGGGAUAAACAAGGCUCUCUCACCUUUGCUAAGUGCUUUCAUUUAAUAUUUAUUAAAAUUAGCAAAAUUUAAAAUCAUACCAUUACUUCUAGCAAACUGUGUCUUUAAAGAGAAUUACUUGAUCCAGGUAUUAGUAAAAAACAAAACAGCUUUAGGGAAAUUUUCAGCAGUUGGGAUCCAAUUGCCACAUAAGCAAAGUGUCUUGUCCAAUAGAAAAUCCCCUUGAUACUCUUAGCAUUGAAAGUUCACAGCUUCUGCAGAAGGCCAACUUAAUGAGAGGAAAGAUCAGCCUCUACCAGAAGCCCAAAAUCCCACAAACAGCUUUCCAAUUAACACUGUGCAUAAUGUCAGAAUUUCUAUUAGUUUAUGGCUGGUCCCCUGGUACUGGCUUUCCUUGUUUCCAGGUGCUUGGUAACAUCAAAAUACAGCAAAAAAUAAAAUAUUUUCAUAACUAUACUUUCCCACGUAAACAAUUCCUGUUAUCGCAGCAAUGUUACAAGUUCAUGAUUGGGGGGAAAAGGUGGCCAGUGCACUCAUGUAUGCAGAAAGAUGUAGUCCACAGACGUUCUAAGAUGUGGUAUAUAUUGUGGAAAAGUUUGAGAUUCCCUAAUUUUAAAAAAUCCCUUUUCCUCCUCAAAUAUAGCUGUGCAGCAAAUAGAUGAACCUAGAACAGGAGUCACACAUAACCAAAAGGAAAGGGGAUGUGGGCUUAGCAAUGGGUUAGCAGCUGAUAAAGCUUUUUGGACAGAGAACUUUUCAGUGCAAAGGUAUUCUAAUCACAUUUUUUAUGUCUGGGAUGUGCAUCUUUUGGGCCUUCUGUUGCUCUUCCCUCACAGACUUCGUUCCUCAAAUAAGUCAGGGAGAGCCGUUCAUAGCAUGCUUUGGGCUCUAUCUUCCCAUAUGUUGUAGGAUCUCAUCUACACUACAAAUAGAAUUGUACUGAGGGCCUGAUUGCAACCACAGUUAUCCUCUAAUACAGUUAAACUAUGGUUCCAUUUUAAAGCAGACAGUCAUGUUUGGAAUCAUUUCGUCAGCUUUGGACUGUGGUCCUUUCUAAGUUCAUGUCAAGCUGACUAAUUUCUGUGGAAAAAAACACCUCCAUGUCAGAACCACCCUCAUUCUGAGGGAAUCUGCGGACAAGCUCGGUGCAGUGUCAUUCUUAAGAAGUCUGAUUGCCAUAUGUAGAAAUUGAGCUGGGGAGUCUACACGACUCCAUUGUGGAGAAGCAGGAAGCACAGAAGGUCUAUUUGUGAUGGCUCUUAACCUUUCCAGAGUAUGGAAACUCUUUCAGGAGUCUGAUUUGUCUCGUCUCCCCAAAAAAUUUCACCUCACUUACAAACUACAUGCUUACAAAA